CGCAGUGAACGAUUCUUGUCACUUCUACAUUUCCUUCUUGUCGGUGCUGACAGAACGUGAGCAGGCAGCGUGCAAGAGCAGGAUUCAACUUCUCAUACGACAUUUAUUGGAGAAAAUGAAAAGCGGAGCGAUCGUAGUCGUCUGCGCCGUCCUGGCAGCCGUGUCCGUUCUAGCAGUAGAAGAAAAUGAAGACUUCUUUCCCCAUUUUACAAAGGAAACUCCCAUGAAGCCGGCUUUGGAAUAUACCACUUCUCAUCCUCCCCAUGUGACCAAUCAUACAACUGCUCCCCAUGUGACCAACCACACAACUGCCCAUGUGACCAAUCAAACAACUGCCCAUGUGACCAACCAUACAACUGCCCCUGUGACCAACCAUACAACUGCCCCUGUGACCAACCAUACAACUGCCCCUGUGACCAAUCAUACAACUGCCCAUGUGACAAACCAUACAACUGCACAUGUGACCAACCAUACAACUGCACAUGUAACCAAUCAUACAACUGCCCAUGUGACCAACCAUACAACUGCACCUGUGACCAAUCACACAACAGCCCCUACUGUUAAGCCACCUGGACCAACACCACCUGGAACAAUGAAAGCAGGAGACUACAACGUGACGACUGGAAGAGGAAAUGAAUUGUGUGUCAGGGCCAUCUUUGAAGCUGUCAUUAAGAAUGAAGGACAAAAACAGACUAAUACAUUCAUUAUACAGCCAGACCAGACCAACUUCACCGGCAGUUGUGAUGCUAUGACCGCCAAAUUGAACCUGACCUUUACUCAAGGCAACCUGCGGUUUGUCUUUACUAAGAACACAACUAGCAACACAGUGUUUGUCAGCAGCAUCGAAGGCCAAUUGAAAUAUUCAUUUGAUAAAGACACAGCAGUGGAUCGAUCAUUCAGUAAUGAUUCACUAAGGUUACUUGAGAUGAAAAUUGGAACAGCUUUUGUCUGCAACAAACAGUCGGUACCGCUAGGCAACAACUUGUACUUGGAACUCAGCAAAGAACAUGUGCAAGCUUUCAACAUCACCAACGGAAAUUUUGGACCAGAUGACAUUUGCCCAGCUGAUAAAGGAAACUACAAUAUUGCCAUUGCUGUAGGAGUGGUCCUUCUCAUCCUGAUCAUCAUUGUCAUCGUUUGCUACAUCAUCAGCCGAAGGAGGAGUCAAAGUGGCUAUCAGGCUCUCUAAGAGGCCAUUUCCUGAUUGCUGCUCAAAUUAUUUCUUUGGGAUUCAAGCUUGUUUUAAGCUCCACAUUGACCUUGUUGAAUCCUGUACCACUUGAAAGAGCACCACCCAGAGUGCAAGAUGUGUCAGGCUUUAGUACUGAAAAAAGGGCUGCAGUUCAUUUCAUUUUGGCUAUUGGAUACCUGCAUACAGUAUAAUUUGAGCGGAAUGGGUACCCAUUUGGAUCAUGCAUUAUUUUUUCCAAAGGGAGUGAGGGGUGGAGGUGGGGUAGGAUAAGGGGCCUGCUGUUAUUCCUGUUUUGGAAUAAUUUGACGAGGAGCUCUGUCUCCAUUCAUUUUUCUGUAAUAAAGCUGAUUUGAGAAAAUAAAUGCUUUCAUUUUUAUAGUA